CACAAAAUAGCAAGAAGUGUUUAUUCAAUGACGUUCAAUAAACAUUUGAAUUGCUCUGCAAAUUAGAGAAUAACAUAAGAAUAUCGGCAUGUUAAUUUGAAAUGUCAUCGUGAAUUUGCAAUAAAAUUAAAUCGUUUAAAAGCGUCUGUAAAAGUGACAUUUCAUUUGCUUAUGUUUUGAUUUUACAAAAGUUAUAUGUAGUUUUAAAACCUAAAUGGCAUCAAUUUUAAAUAAAACAUUAUGCCUAAACGUAAAAAAAUUUAUAAAUUUAAAUUAUAUAACACUUCAAAAUAAGAAAGCAAUAGUUGGUCCAGCAGCAUAUGUAUGCAACACUAAUUUUCAAUAUUAUAGUUCACAAGCACCUAAGAAACAUGAAAACAAUGCAAAUAAAUUUAAUAAGCCAAUGCCUGAGACACCAGAUGAAAAGAGCAGAAAGCUACCAACUUUAAUGCAGUUUCCUGAAAUCGUGUGGCCUUCAUUUUUAAAAUCUAUUAAGAACUGGAUCAUGAUUAACUUUGUGAUAAGACCAUAUUUUGAUAGGGAAUUUGAAUUAGCCGAUUUUAUAACCGGAACUCAGCAAGCUUUACAAGUAGUAUCAAAUGCGCUUUCUGAUGGCGAUUUCAAUUCUUUAGAAGAUAUUGUUGAUCCAUCUGCUGUUGCAGAAUUAAAGACUGUUUUAGCCCAAAUGUCAUUAUCGCAACGAUCUGAAUUAAGAGUAGCUAAAGAGGAUAUUUAUUUUACUUUUCCUUAUCAAGUAGGUGUUAUGUUUGAUGAAUCAAAUGAAAAAAUUCAAAAACGAUGGGUAGAGAUCACAAUGAUUUUUCAUGUCUUCCGUGGAUUAAAGGAUUUUCAGGAAAAACUUGGUAGUACUAAAUUCAUAAUAAGUCCAAAUUCAGAAUAUAUUGAUAAGGUAUCAAUAUGUAAUUAUAGAUUUAUUAAGGAAUUUACACAAGGUGUUGAAUCCAGUUGGGUUGUAAAUGUCGUUAACCAUUUUAAACCGGAAGAUUCUAUGUCGAAAUAAAGAGUUUUUUUUUUUUUUUAUGGAGUUUUAUAAAUAAAUUUAGAAUACAAUGAUGUAUAAGAAUAAAGUUUUUUUUUUAAAAAAGUCAUAUAUAUGUACAUAUUGAAUAUUAACUAUAUUUUUAUGAAUUUAAUAUAAAAAGUGCUUGAA